AUGUUGCGCAGCGCGCACCUGCGCAACAAUGUAGCGUCUGGCGCGGCGGCAAGCUCCGCGACAGAAAAGAGUCAUGCAAGUCUUGGCUUACACCGUGCAGCAGGCACGGGAAACGUUGCGCACGUCUUGUUUGCACUGGAGAAUGGACAGUCGGCCAACAGCCAGCUGCACGGCAUCACACCGUUGCAUGUUGCUGCUUGUUUAGGCGACAUAACUGUGCUUCAGCUUCUACUUUUUUUCGGCGCCGACGUGAAUCUGCCGCGCGUGCGAUCAAGAAGCGUCGGCGGCCCUGGCGUCGAAGGCUCCACGGCGCUGCAUUUUGCCGCCGCCAACGGGCACCACGGCGUGCUGUGCUUUUUGCUCGAGCACGGUGCGCGGCCUGCACUGCUUGAUAAAGACGGGCAGACGCCCGAGUCGCUCGCUGUCGCCAAUCGGCACGCCGCUUGCGCCGCAGCGCUGCAGCAGUGGAUCGACGCGCAUGGGUUGGAGGGGUACACGGAUCCAGAAAGUAUCAAGGAGCUUGGGCUUGCACCGCCAUGGAGCGAGUAUUCUACAAGCACAGGUCAGGAAGAGGAUACAGACACGCCCUUGCCUCUUUCGCCAUUUCUGCGAAAUCCGCCGUACCCCGCAACGCGCUUGCCCAGCAAACCUGCGCUUUCCGUCCGCACCGACGUGACGCCUGCAGAUGGCACGGCAUCUGCACACAGUCGGCACGUUUCGCCGAACCCUUUUACUGCGACGGAAAGCAAGCGGCGCAUGAGCCUCCCUUUUUUGAUAGAAAAAGCAGCGCACCCCGCCUCGUCUUUGCGCGCGCUUUGGCCCCAGGCGAGCCAGACGGGCGCGCGCGACGACGAGCAGGAAGUGUCGUCGGCAAAUGCGCUGCGUAUCCCGCGAAUCAGCAGCAGGACUGGCCUGACGGGCUUGCUGAAACGCGCGACGGGAUCCGGCGCCGCGCGCCCUUUGGACGACGCUGGCGCACGCGCUGUGCUUACUGAAGAAGCCCUGCCCGACUCAGGGCGCGAGAUUACCUCGCGUUUUUCCAGCGUGCUCUCCAGUGCGAAUCUUUUAUCCCUCGUGCACCGCCGAUCGCAGGAAAACAUGUCCGAGCCGAGCGAGGCGAGUGCAUCGCUCUCCGCAUCGCCCGUCUCGGACACCACAUCGGGCAGUCGUCCGCACGCGCGCGCCACGAGAGGCUACGCAGCAGGCUCUGCUGUCUUUAUGCUCAACCCCACAGUAACGCCGCCGCCGCUGCCGCUUGCGAGCACUAGCACGCCAGCAAACAAAAUGCGUGUGCAUUUGGUCGCAGACGGCUUGCCGUGCGGCGCGUCUGCCAAUGCCCGACUACGCAGGAACAGUGCAUCAAAUACGCAAGACACACAAAUGCUUGCGGCAACGACGCGCGCGCGCGCGAGCUCCGAAGUGCAAGCGCCGGCGCGCGACACUUUGGAAAGUGAGCAGCGCGUACCGCUUGCCGAACCGCAUUCUUCGCUUGCAGAGCUCCUCGCGCACUACGACACAGAAGCAAAAGAAGCGCCACUGUAA